AUGUUUCGUCGUCGCCCGACCAACCUCGCCGCCACCGCCGCCCAUACCGCCGCGCGUGGUUACCCAAAUAACGCCGCAGCUCCUAUUACCAGCCAGGCAGAGUUUCGCCGAAAUUUUCUCAAGGUCCACAAGGACCGCGUUAUCAGAGACAAUAACGGUACAUGCUUCCGAUUGCACCCUAUCGUCAUGAACGGCGAUUGCGGCUUCGGCGCCAUCGCAAAGGGCAUCAACGUUGCAAGGGAGCGCGUCCGUGACAUGGCUCCGCAACCCCCUGAACCUCCGCACGACCCUCACUUUCCGAUCCAACAACGAUCUCAAACCCAAAACCAACCCCAACAUAAUAAUCGAAACAAACACUUCUCGUUUGCUCAUGACAGGAAGCGAUGGAGGCGGAUUCGCUCGCGUCCGUGGAUCUGGCAUCGGCUGGUCGCCAGACGCGCACAAGACCGCCCUACGAAGAGUUUGCAGGCAAAGGACCUUCGAAAAGCCAUGUUCGACGAGCUCAAAAAGGCUCGCAAAACCUAUUUGGAUGAAUGCGAAGACCUUUCUGGCAUUUACACCAAUGAUGACUUUGAUACGUUAGAGAGAGAGGUCAGCCAUCCGGGUAUAGCUGGUCACUGGCUCGGCACCGUGCUUGGCGUUUUGGAACAUGUCAUUGUCGCGCAGGCCAUGAACAUUGACAUAUAUCUGUAUCAGUUCGAUCUACAAAGGCAGUGCAUCAGACAGUUCGAGAGCGCCACCGUCGAAAACCCAGAUUGUGAAGUCUACCUCUUCUUCACUGGUCCUGCCGCGUGCGGACAUUUUGACACUUUGGUUAAGAUAUCUAACACGCGAGAUAACUUGUUUAUGGCCUAA